AUGAUGCAAAAUCAAACAUUUAGUCAUCAAAUGCAUACCAAUGAUGAUACAAAUAUGAUUACCAAUGAUUUUGACAGAAGUGAAGCCAUGAAAGAAAAAUCGAAGAAUGCAGCAAGAAGUCGACGUGAAAAAGAAAAUGCUGAAUUUUUUGAAUUAGCUAAACUUUUACCAUUACCACAUGCAAUUACUGAUCAAUUGGAUAAAGCAUCAGUUAUUCGUCUUACAACAAGUUAUCUUAAAAUGCGUGCUAUUAUACCCGAAGGUCUUGGCGGUGUAUGGGGUUCAAGAUCUUUAUCACAAACAACAAUUGAACGUGAAGUUAAUUCACAAUUAACACAGAUAUUAGAUGGAUUUUUAUUUGUUCUUGGUCCUGAUGGUAAAAUAAUGUAUAUAAGUGAAACAGCAUCAACACAUUUAGGUUUAUCACAAGUUGAAUUAACAGGAAAUUCUAUAUAUGAAUAUAUUCAUCCAAUUGAUCAUGAAGAAAUGGCCAAUGUAUUAACAAUACCAUUACCAACAUAUUGUACAAAUAAUAGUGAAUAUGAAAUAGAUCGAUCUUUUUUUAUACGUAUGAAAUGUGUUUUGGCUAAACGUAAUGCUGGUUUAACAGCAAGUGGUUUUAAAGUAAUACAUUGUUCAGGUUAUCUUAAAAUAAAACAAUUUAAUUUUGAUACAUUAUCAUGUUAUAAUUCAACAAAUAAUACAGAAAAUUGUUAUCAAAAUAUUGGUCUUCUUGCAUUUGGUUAUUCAUUACCAAGUUGUUCAAUAACUGAAAUACGUCUUUAUUCAAAUAUGUUUAUGUUUCGUGCUGGACAAGAUUUAAAAUUAUUAUUUCUUGAUUCAAGAGUAUCACAAAUAACAGGAUAUGAACCACAAGAUUUAGUUGAUAGAAGUUUAUAUCAUUAUGUACAUACACAAGAUUUAAUGGCAUUAAGAUGGGCUCAUCAAAUUUUACUUUCAAAAGGACAAGUGACAACUCGUUAUUAUCGUUUUCUUGCUAAAAAUGGUGGUUGGAUAUGGAUGCAAAGUUAUGCAACACUUGUUCAUAAUAAUCGAUCAUCUCGACCUGAAGUUAUUGUUAGUGUAAAUUAUGCAUUAAGUGAUGUUGAAGCUAAACAUUUACAAUUAUCAAUUGAUCAACUUGAAAAUUCUUCAUCAGAUUUUAUUCGUUCAAAUCAAACAUUAAUAAUUAAUUCAAUUGAUAAUGAAAAAUGUUCAUCAACAAAUACAAGUUUAAAUUCUACAUUAACAACAACAUCAUCAUCAUCAUCAUCAUCAAAUCGUAGUUCUACAAAAAUACUUAAAACAAAUCGUUUAAUAAAACAACGUAAAAUAUCACCAAUACAAACUGAUUUACAUCAAACAAUAAUUGAUGAUUAUCCAUCAACAAUAUGUUAUAAUACAGAUGAACAUUAUUAUUCUUCUAAUACACAAACAAAUUAUUCUAAUUUAUCUCUUUAUACAACAGGUACUAAUAAUUAUUCAAAUUCAUUUAAUAAUAUUGAUGAAUCAAUGUAUUAUGAUCAAAAACGUAUAUCAUCAUAUGAUAUUAAUAAUAAACGUAUUCGUCUUGAUAAUGAACAUCAUCAUCAUCAUCAUCAUUUAUCUUUAAUUGAUUAUGAAACAAAUCUUCCGUCCGAUAAACUUGAUUUAUAUUCAUCAUCAACAAAUAAUUGUUAUGUAUCAACAAAUUUUCAAACCGAACAUCCAUAUCAUCAUACAUCAGUUAUUGUCGAUAGUCAACAGUAUUUUCUUAAUGGAUGGAAUGGAACUACUGCUUUUUGA